CGCGGGGCUGAUCGGGGCGGGCGGAGUCAACUCUUGAAAGCGCUGAAGCCUGGUGGAAUAAAGCAAAACAAAAAGAAACCGAGACAGAAGCGGCAUCACCGACUGGGAGGAGGAGGUUUGCUUGUUUAUUGGUUUCCAGUCUCGUAUGAAGAAAGAAGAUGAGACUCAGGUCUCACAAGACGACCUCCCCGGACACCCCGAGGAGGACCAACCCCCGCCCGGCCGCCGUCAAAGCGACCCCGAGACGAGCCCGCCCGCCGGUGCCUGAGAGCCCGCUGCCGGUGCCUGAGAGCCCGCUAGUGGUGCCCGAGAGCCCGGUACCAGUAGUGACCCAGGUUGAAGAAACUUUGGAUACAGAAUCCCACCACUCAGACGAUGAAGUUCCCACCAUGGUGAGGCGGCGGCUUCCUCGCGGCCGAGCCAGGAAGAGAGCCAUCGCUGUGGAGGACAGAGAAACCGAUUUGUCUUUCAAGACUCCGGUCAGACCCGCCCUGCGUCCCGAGCGCAUCCUGUCCGAGAUCGACCCGGGGUCCCCCAGCAACUCGACAGCCAGAAACAUUUACUCGCCCAUUGUGCGUUUCCUCACACCCAGCAAAGAGAAUUCGAAUGGUACUAGAAAGAGCAUUUUGUUGAGUCCAGAACAAGGUGUGUUUGGUUUCGGCUCCGAUGAACUUCUGGCCGGAGUUGAGGACGAGGACGUCUUCAACCCAUUUACCUUCAUCAAGAACAUACCGUCACAGUCUAGUAGAGAUUAUUCCCCCCCGCGACUCAGAGACAUUCCCCCCAAGACCAGGAGCACUCCAGAGGCCACGCUGGUGCUCGACCUGGAGGAGACGCUGAUGUUCAGCUCUCUGAACGCGGUCGAAGGAGCAGAGUUCACCUUCAACACGGCGUUCCAGGACAAUCAGUACAAGGUGCACAUGAUCCUUCGACCACAUCUGAAAGAGUUCCUUCAGUCCAUGUCAAAAGUCUAUGAGCUGUUUGUUUACACAUGUGCAAAGAAGGAAUACGCUGAGAAGAUUCUGGACGUUCUGGACCCGCAGAGGAAACUGUUCCGACAUCGACUGUUUCAGGAGGACUGCGCCUGCAUCCUCGGCCACUACAUCAAAGACCUCAGCGUCCUGGGAAGAGACCUGGCGAAGACCGUGGUCCUGGACAACGCUCCACACACCUACCCGUACCACCUGAUGAACACGAUUCCCAUUAAGAGCUGGACCGGAGAGUCCGCGGACAGAGAGCUCCACAAACUCGUCUCCUACAUGGAGAAACUGUCUGCAGCGGAGGACUGUCGGGAGGUGCUGAAGAAGAGGAAGGAUCAUUUCCACAGGCUGCUGUCGGAGGACUGACCCCCCCGCCUCUCGUCCACACACACACACACCCUCACUUUCAACUACUUUACGUGACUUUCACAGCUUGUGUUUGCAUUCGUGUUGUGCUUUGUUUAAAAAAAAAGUGAAAAUGAAACCAUUUAGAAUUGGGCGCCCUGAGGCCCGUUGUGUUGUGAACACACUCGCCCUCCACCGUCCUCCCUGAUGACUUAAAAGGACGAGACGUUGGUAUUUCAAACAUGCUGCUGGUCGUUCAUCACCUCCAACUCUUUUGUCCAAGACUCAUUCCACAGGCCAGUAAACUGCCCCCCACUGUUUGUGUUUAUUCUUGAGAAAAAAACUUGAAAUAUGUUGUUUAUAGAAAUUAUCUUUUAUUUAUUGAUUAAAUGACUAAUCAAUGGCUGUUAUCUCUGUAUAUUUUUUUUAUGCAAUAAAAUUGCCCUAAUAUUAACGGGAGAAUAAAUCACUGAAAUCAUCAA